AUGACCUGCCUUACUUUGUUGGAGGUUUAUCAAGAGCUUGAUAGUGUCGACUGUGGCAUCGCUGGCGACAGCAUCUUCGACAGGGGAGGCGGCUCGGCCGAGGGGCGACGGGGCGAAGAGGAGAUCACAGUCCUCAAGGAUAUCGUGGAGAAACCCAGCCAACUCGGCCUUGGAUGCGAUCUAAACAUCCAAUGCUUCGAGCAUAGGGCGGAAUACAGGAUUCUUGGUGUCGUCAUCCUCCAUGUCGCCGGGGGUACGGGCAAGAAGAUAGUCGCGGCGAGCGACGCAGAAACGAUCGAGAAGGGCCUCGACCUAUGUUCCGUGAGGAGUGAGGACCUCCCGCUUGCGGUUCAUACGCAGUAG